CAUUGGUUGGUGUAGGUUAUGUGGUUCGAUUUAGCGUCAUAGGAACGACAAUCAGUAUUUUGAAGUUCGCUAGAAGAAAAAUGGAUACGAUGGAAGCAAAUGUAAAGUUACUACUCAAAGGUCAAAGCAUCGAAGAAGGCCAAGAUUAUUGUGAUUUCACCCUUGAAGAUCAAAAUAAUAUAACUGACUCUAAAGGCAGCGCACCGGCAGCGCCUGUGCCCUUCACGCCGGCGCUGAAAGACAACGUUUGCUACAUCGUCGCCGCGGUGCUCAUCAACGAUGAAGGCCAGGUCCUCAUGAUGCAGGAGGCUAAGAGAUCGUGCGCUGGCCAGUGGUACCUGCCGGCAGGACGUCUGGAGCCUGGCGAGAACAUCAUAGAGGCAGCAAAACGCGAGGUGCUGGAGGAGACCGGCCUGGAGGUGGCCAUCACUACGCUCCUUAUGGUCGAGUGCGCCUCAGGCUCUUGGUUUAGGUUUGUCGUCACCGGCAAUGUUACUGGCGGGAGCCUAAAAACACCAGCACAGGCAGACAGCGAGAGCUUGCAGGCGAUGUGGGUAGCCAACUUAGAGGAGCUGAGUCUGCGCGGCAACGACAUCCACUCGCUGGUGCAGCGCGCGCGCCAGCACUCGUCAACUGACCGCGCCUUGUGGCACGCCCCUCUGCUGCCUCUCAGCAUACCUUCCUCCAAGAUGAUGCUCAGGCUGCUCAUUGCCGUCAGGAAGAAGGCUAAUAACCGCAUGUGUGUGCUGGUGAGCGACAAGACAAGCACCCAUCUGCCCACCACUGAGAUCAACCCCGUCAGAUCCUUGCACUACACGCUCAAAAAAUACAUGACGGAGAUUUUCGGUGCGGAGCUGCCACCUCACCGGCCUCAGGGCGUGCUGACCUGCGAGCUGCAGACGUCAGUCGAGCCUGGCGCUCACGACGGCUUCCUGCUGACGCUGCUAGUGCCCGUGCGCAUGCCGCUCGAGGACAUCACAAUCAUCGACAAAUAUUCCUGGGUUGAGCUCCCCAAACCUCUCGGUGACGAACUGCUCGCGCGUCUCGAGAAAAACAUGAUCGUUCCGCUUAAUGUUAUUCGGGUGUCGAUGCUAAUAAGCUGAUUGACUGACGACAAGUUCCCAUCGACAAGACUGUGAUAUCUUCAAAGACCGCGAGAAUCUCUAUCAUGCUUGAAGACCUUCAUUACUAAGACACCCAGGCACGGCAAUUGGGACUUCUGGUAACAAAUGACAUUAAGACUUAUAUUAGUGACGGUUGAGACUUAUAAUAACGACUCUUGAGACUUCUGUUUGUACUGCUGGGACUACUCUUAUUACUGAAGACUGUGUCAGCAACGUGUCCAUAUAAAGCCUUCAAUGUCUGCAAACAAUGACGAAAGUGUCGACUUUUUAUUGUUUGCUGAUUAUAAUUGACCGUGAAAUCUUUCCAUGUUUUCUUAAACACAAUUUAAUACCGAAUAGUUGAUUAAUAAAAAUAUUUAAUUAUUCAAGUACUUGCUCGUCCUGUUGAUAAUAUCGUAGAAAUACAAUAAACGAAUUAGUACAGGUGUACAUGAACUAUGUAUGAUAUCAGCCGUUACUUCUUUUGUCUACAGCUUCAAUAUUUCUUUUCUGUUAUUUUUUCUGUGUAUCAAUUUUCAUUUCUAACGCUUUCCUUUCUCGCUUAGAAAGCGCUAGUUUAGACAUUCUGACUUAUUAUUGCUGAAUAAUUUUAUCUUUAUGUAAAUGAUAUACUGAUUAACCGCUUUCAUUCGUACAUCAAUCGUAUGGUUUUCAAGUUAUUUUGAUCAAAGAAAUUUAUCUAUGCAGCGCAUUUGUGAACCAAUUCAAGAAUAUUGAAAAUUUCGGCUUGUGAGAUGGAAUCCUGCAACACUCCUGAAGUACGGAGGGUCAGUCGUGAAAAAAUUUACUGGUACAAGAAGCUUUCAUUUUCGCUAUUGACUAAUUGAUGUUAAUGAUAAAUCACAAUUAUUUGGUGAAGUUAUAUUGACACUGAAUAAUGUUGUCCCUACUUAACACAUUACCACAAUAUGUAUGAUGUUACUGAUCAAUCGUGACAACGGAGUUAACUAUUGAAAUUUUCACAUAAUGGUUUUAAAAUAUUUAGCUGUGUUAUCUAUAACGAAUCAAUUGUUUUGAAAUCGAGGAAAUGUUGUGUCUUAAUUAAUGUAAGUUUAACCAUAUGAUGAUGAAUGUUCUGAGAUAAUUAUCGGUAUGAGAUAUGGAUCAUUAUUUGCUGAAAUAUGAGGAUCAGCCCAAGAUAUAGUCGGUUUAAACAUUCUCAGGUUCUACAAUAGUCCAUUAAUAUGCAUUGCUCAAGAUGAUGUACAAGUCUUAUCGUGACUGUACCCAAGUUUGCACAAAGUGCACAUCAUUUCUGUUCAUUUGGUAGUUGAGUGCGUUUGUGAAACUUAACAAUUGAAAGAAAUGUUGAGGAAGCGUGUUCUUUCCAGUUUGCCGAAUGUGACGUGCAUCUGAAUCGUCGAGAAGUAUCGCAAAAAAUGUCAUUUUGAAUGAAUGUUUAAUUUUUAUCUUCUUAUAAUCUUUGAGCAACAGCAGGAAGAAUGCCAAGGAUGCAAUAUUGUUUUAUACUUUUACUCUAAACUUAUGGUCAACUUAUCCUCUAGUUUGGUUUGGUUAUACAAGGUUGCUGUGACAGUUAUUUCUUGUUUUAGGAUUUUGAAGCGCUGAAUUUUAGUUGUAAAUGUGCUGCUCAACGAUUGGUUUCUGUUUAUAAUCACUGUUGUCAAUUCUAAUCGUAUCCAAAGGCCUGUUAACCACAAUAAUUUUUCGGUGGACAAUAUGUUUGUGAAGACCUUUAUCUAGUUGAGUAUUCUAGUGGCGUCCAUGUUCUCAACGAAGAAAAACCCUGGUAAUAAUUUUCUUGAUAUGAAUUUGUCAACAUGAGUAGGCCUGCUCCACAGCCUUUCUUUACAAAUUGUUUAUACUGUUAUCAAUUGUUCAUAAUAGAAGUCAACUUUUAUUAAAAAGAACUGAUCACACUUGCUCCUUUCAGGGAGGCGAUUAGCCUCCCUAUCAACUGCGCCACUUACAAAAUAAUCCAUGUAUAAGAAGGGCACAUGCAUUCGGUUGAGCUAAAUCCGAGAGCCUUAUGAGACUUGCUGGAGGUUUUACACAUUAACUAAUAAUAUUAUCAUAUAACUAGUAAUAAUAAUAAACUUGCUGGAGGUUUAAUAACUUGAAUCUGACUCGCUGUUGCACCAUACCAAUUCUAUCGGUUUAAUCUUCACAGCUAAUGUCUCCUUCAUUACAAUCCUGACCGCGUCUGCACACUCUUGAUAAUUUAUGGAAUAUUGAUGCAGCUGCAGUGUAACAAAAUUUAACGCCUCGUUCCUAAUGAAUAGAAGGAGGAAUGUAAAUCUUUCCAUUGACGCAAUGUAUCGCUUUGUUGGAGCGAAGUCGAGCUGCUUAUGAGAGGACUUUUUUUUCUUCAUUUGUGCCACCACCGGCGUCUCCGUUUGCCAAAAUCAGUAAUUUACCAUAGUCUUCGCACGCAAUCUUCCUAAAAGUAUCAAGCAAUUGAUGUCGGCACACUAAAGUACCAGUAACUGCUGGAUGAGUUAAGAUGAGCUUGAUGUGAUUGGAAAUGAUAUAUGCAGGCUUUUUAAAACUUGUCUUAAUGUCAGUUGCUGCCGUCUUGUACCCAGCCUUGGGUCUCAGUAAGCUGUCCAAGAUGAAAAAUUAGGUCUUGGUAGUACAGUUGGUUUUAUAUAUUCUUGCUUCUUUUUUAUACGUCAAUUUUCAUGACUAAAGUUAGAGGUGCAUAUUCACCAUGGUGCACAAUGAUGUUCUUAUUGUUGCUCGAGAUUGAGGAAUCCAUUAGUAGUUAGUAUCCGUUAUUAUUUUCAUGUUAAGGAUUUUUUUGAAACUCGUUUUCGUAUCUAAUUUGCCUAUUAACCUACAGGCAACAUCGUAUCUAAUUUGCUACAAUUUGUCAUAUUAACCUACAGGAAGCAUUGUAACUUGCAAAAGCAUUCAAAACAUUACUCUUUAAAGUUAAGUGCAUCUUUAUUUAUAUUCUUACACGUAAUUCUUACUGUACCACCUGUGACCUGACAUAUUCGCAAAAUGGUUGUUUAUCACAAAUCCGCAUCCCUUGUGUGCUAUGAUUACUUGAUAAUAUAAUGCCGGUAGAAUUCAUAGUUACUUACUUUAAAUGUUAUCUCGUAUAAAGUUUAUGAUUUUGUUCUAG